AUGUCACUGGAUGCGGAAGUGAUCGCGUGUUGUAGGGACCUCAUUGCGGAACCCGACGCGGAUGAACCGUAUACUAGGCUUAAGGAGCGUAUCAUCGAAAGCUUUUCGGCUUCGACAGAAAGUCAAUUGCGCCAACUGAUUAAAGGUCAAGUAUUGACAUCCGGUAAACCGUCGCAGAUCCUCAGCCGUCUACGUAACCUCAACCCUGACAAGCGGUGCGAUGAGGCGGUCCUUAAAACUAUUUUUUUCGAGUAUCUAUCGCCGUGCGUCAGAGGCAUCCUCGUGUCCUCUGAAUGUACCGAGCUCGACAAAUUAGCCAAAAUGGUGGACAAAAUCGCGGAAACUUCUAAUGAAUCAGCGCAAUGUGCCGCCGCGUCGCUCAAAGAAUCGAAAACAUCCGACUUAGAAGCAAAAAUCGAUCGUCUUGCUGCGGAUCUUGCAACUCUUGCGGCCGAAGUUAAAAGACCCAGCAGAUCGCAAGCAAAAGGAGGAACGGAUAAACAACGCAAACGUUCCAAGAGCAGACGCUCUAACGUCUGUUGGCCGCACAGAACGUUUGGCGAUCAAGCGCGCGCGUGUAAAGGCACUGAAAAAGAUCCAUGUACGUGGCCAAAGCCUAAGACUAUUACGGGGGCCAAUUCGGGGAAUAGAGGUGUCUGCUUACACAGAGGCGGGUGCAGCAGACAAUAA